AUGACAGCUUUCAGCCGCUUCAUCUCUCGAUUAUCAGAUAAGUGCAAAUCGUUCUUUGGUGCAAUAAAAUCCAAUAACAAAGAUAUAUGGGGACCUCAGCAGCAAAUGGCUCUCAAUCAACUGAAGCGCUACAUGGAUGGACCUCCAAUUCUUUCUGCUCCACAGCCUAGUAAAACUCUCAUCAUGUACUUAGCAAUCUCUGGAAUAGCCACACGUGUCGUGACAAGAAAGUAUCAGCCCAAAGAGGAUAGAAUGAAAGCAUACAAAAAAGCUGUAGAAAGUGCUACACUUAGUGCCAAUCGACACCCUGGACGAAACAACUAUGAGUCCUCGGCAAGAGAUGAUGGUGAUCCACGAGAGCCAUGUUGGAUGGAUCUGUUGGAAGCUUACCUCAAGCAAGGAACUCUUCUAGACCAGAAAGCCGAGGCAAGGAAAGUAAGGUUCGCUAUAGCCAAAUACUCCAUUAUUAAUAAUCAAUUAUACAAGAAAUUAUUCUCAGGUCUUUACCUGAAAUGUUUAAGCCCUAGUGAGACCUUCACAAUGUUAAAGCAAGUUCAUGAUGGAGAUUGUGGCAACCACUCCAGUGGCAGGUCCCUUACAUAUAAGAUCUUAACUCAAGGUUACUUUUGGCCUUACCUGGCUCGGAACGCCGAAGAAUAUGCUAGGCGAUGCGAUAAGUGUCAGCGGCACGGCCCAAUGAAGCAUCAGCCUGCUGAAAAUUUACACACAAUGGCAAGUCCAUGGCCAUUUGCCUAA